AUGCAGCUAGGGCUAACCCUGGUGGUGGGGGUAGCCCUGUGCUUGGUGUAUGGCCAGUCUUUGCUGCAGGUUCCUGAGCGUCCCUUUUCUGUGCUGUGGAAUGUACCCUCAGCAAGAUGUAAGGCCCACUUUGGUGUGCACCUACCACUCAGUGCCCUCAGCAUCAUAGCCAACUAUGGCCAGCAUUUUCAUGGCCAAAACAUCACCAUCUUCUACAAGAACCAGUUUGGUCUUUAUCCUUAUUUUGGUCCUAGAGGCACAGUCCAUAAUGGGGGUAUCCCUCAGGCUGUGUCUCUAAACCGCCACUUGGCACAAGCUGCCCAUCAGAUCCUCCACAGCCUCGGGUCUAGCUUUGCUGGCUUGGCAGUGCUGGACUGGGAAGAGUGGUAUCCACUCUGGACUGGGAACUGGGGUCCCCAUCGCCAAGUCUACCAGGCGGCCUCCUGGGCUUGGGCACAGCAGAUGUUCCCCCAGAUGGGCCCUCAGAAACAGUUCCACAAAGCCCAUACUGGCUUUGAGCAGGCUGCUCGUGCCCUGAUGGAGUCCACACUGCAGCUGGGCCGAACACUUCGCCCACGUGGGCUCUGGGGUUUUUAUAGAUACCCAGUCUGUGGUAAUGGCUGGCAUAAUACGGCUUCCAACUAUACAGGCCACUGCCAUGCAGCCACUGUUAGCCGAAACAACCAACUACAUUGGCUCUGGGCUGCCUCUAGCGCCAUCUUCCCUAGCAUCUAUCUCCCACCCAAAAUGCCACCUGCCUACCAUCAGGCCUUCGUCCAACACCGCCUAGAGGAGGCCUUCCGUGUAGCCCUUGCUGGGCAUGCACAUCCUUUACCUGUUCUGGCCUACGCUCGCCUCACACACCGGAACUCCAGGAGAUUCUUGUCUCUGGAUGACCUGGUGAGGACUGUUGGCGUGAGUGCAGCACUGGGAGCAACUGGAGUGGUUCUCUGGGGGGACCUGAGCUUCUCCAGCUCUGAGGAGGAGUGCUGGCGUCUCCAAGACUACCUAGUGGGCACUUUAGGCCCCUAUGUGAUCAAUGUGACAAAGGCUGCCAUGGCCUGCAGUCACCAACUAUGUCAUGGCCAUGGUCGCUGUGCCCGGAGAGACCCGGGACAAAUGGAAGCCUUUCUGCAUCUUGAGCCAGAUGGCAGUCUUGGAGCUUGGAAGUCCUUCAGAUGCCGCUGUUACUUGGGUUGGGCUGGCCCUACUUGCCAGGAGCCUAAACCUGAACCUAAGGAAGCUACAUAAAGUCAGGAGUUCCUGCCCUUGGUUCUUGUCCCUGCCACCACUUUCCCAGGCUAGGGAAAUUCGCCUUUCUGCUUUGUUUAGCUAAUAGAACUUUACCAAGUAAAUAGGCUACUUCCACCAAUACACCUCCCCUCAGAAUUCCUAAGGAAUAGAUAGGGCAUAAUUAAAAACAUAAAACCUGGUUCAGAGCCCUCAGAGGUCAUCUGACUUAAGGCAACAGAGCAGCCUCAGGGAGUCAGCUCCAGACAUUUAAGGCUGCCAGCCUGCCUACGGCUUUGUUUCUAUACCUUAGUGCAGCUACUGAGAAGUCAUAGCUAGGGGCAGAGAGCCAACCCCUACACUCUUACCAAGACACGCGUAUAUAAACGUGCACGCAUGUGCCCUUGCCAAAAUAAAUAAAUAAAUAAGCUAAGGCCUGUUAAAUGCUAGGCUAUUAUUUGUACUCUCAUCCAUAAAGU